GGAACGUUAUUGUCUAUGGGAAUACAAUUGACAUUUACACCACGGUAGAAACCCUCUUAUCUCUUGGAAUUAAUGGUUCUCGCAUACAUCUCGUACAGCCUCCACUCAGCUCAAAUGUUACUUGCCUUAACAACAACGAAAUCGAAAGUGCUGUUCAGGAGGCACUGUCAAAGGCUGGCGUAUCUGUUUAUUAUGACAGUAUCCUGGCACAGUGGAAUGAAGGCGACGACCCAGACCUUAUCACAUGUGCUACUUUCACUACUAAUACAAAACCAUUUAAAUUGCAGUGUUCAGCAUUUUUUAGCUUUGCCUACAGGACGGUGGAUUAUGAAACCUUUAAGGCAAUUAAUGAUGCUUGCCUUGUUUUUGAUGGAAGACUUGUGAUCGAUACUGAAUUCUGUACUAAUGAUGUCAGCAUCAGGGCUGCAGGUCCUUUAACAAAGUACUGCAGGAGAUAUUAUGUAGAUGAAUGGACACACAGCAACUUCAAUUCAAAAGAGCUUGGUUUCGAGCUUGCUACAUCUAUGCUGAAACUCUUUGAUCCAAUCCCUAAGCCCUUUUCUAAGCCACCGGAAGACUCAGAUAGACUCAUCCCCAUGUACAAGGGGUGUAAAAUUAAAGGAGGUGUUCUUCCUGGAGGUUAUAAUUACUUGCAUAUUUCCAAACCAGAAAUCUCCAUCCGCUUGGACUUAGAACUUGCACUGUGUGAUCAC